UCAACAGCGACUGGCACACACAAUCAGUAGUCGUGCCGCAGCGCUCUAGAUGGGAUCUACCAAAAGUUGCCACUCCGUUUUGUGCACCGUCUUAAUAACCUCGUCGUCCCGCUAAACAGCAGAGGAAAAGAAAAUCAGAAAAAUAAUUAGAAAAGAGGUGAAUUCGCCAGUUGAGUCCAAUUCACUCAGCCUGUCAUCAGGACAACCAAAAGGAGGAGGAUAUCCCGCGAUGUGCUCAGUUCAAACCACGGAUACCUUAAACAGUUGCUAGUUGUUGCGUGAAAAAUCAAAAACUCUUUUCUUUUUCUUUUUUUCUCUUUUUUUUGCCUUUUUUCUUGGUGUGUUGGAUAUAGCCUAAUAACGCUCUGGUUUAUUACUAACUGUCCUUCCAUCCCCUUUCUGUUUCCCACAGCCACCAAACAUUCGAACCCAUUUCCACCUCUUAGGAGAAGCCCCCCCCCCCCCCCCCGCUAGAAAAAAAAGAAAAGAAAAGAAAUGACUUUGAAUGGGCAGUGUUUCGUGUGCGAUGUCGCGUUGUGUUGGAUGUGAUCGGUUGAGAAUUUGAAUGGUCGGUCGGUGUUGACCAAUGCACCGGCAGCGCGUCUUGGCCGAGUGUCGCCCUCAUCAGCGUGUGACGUUGUCGCUGGCCUACUCCUACUGCGGCCUUCCACAAACUCGGCAGCGGCGGGCCCACCAGCAGUUGGAUCCAAGUCGUGGGGCUUGCGUGUAGCCAUGCACAGCAGUGUUGGCCCAUUCGCUCAUUUGCCGUCGCCCUUCUGCACGUCCCGGUUCUUCCGGCGCCUAUCCCUGGAGCAGAGCCGAGCCAAUCCGAGUCUGCACUCGUGCCGCUCUCCUUGUCCCAUUGCCGUGCCGUGCCUCUUGACUCCCGCCGAGUUGCCAGUCUGCGAGGGCCGAACCAGGUCCCUCCAGCCGCCGUCCAGCUCAUCGCAACAGCCGCUCGUCUCCGCCAGCGGUCAGCCUUCUCUGCUGCUGCUCCGCGUCAGCAUCGGCAGGCAUUCGCACUCGUCCACUUGUUAUCCGCCCUCGUACGCAGUUGCGCCGCCCUUUGUCGUUCCUCUUCAGCUACCGUCUCAGCGGUAGCUCCUCUUGCUCGCCGCUUCGUGCCCGUCUCCUCUAUAGAGUGGCCAAUAAUCCCCCCCCCCUUCCCCAUCAAACAAGAAAAGAAAAGAAAAGAAAAACAACAACUACUAAAAUAACCCGGGCCUUUUGUUUAUACGGUGGCUCGCAUUGCAACUCUCUCUCUCUCUCUCUCUGUGUGUGUGUGUGUCUUUCUCUGUGUCUGAGUGUGUGUCGUUUAGCUUCUCUCGCCCAUCAUCGAAACUGGGAACAUUGUGCGACAGCGGAGACUCUUUGGAAUUGCGUCAAAGUGACUUGCAUCCGUCCGUCCGUCCGUCCGUCCGUCCGUCCGUCCGUGUCUCUCUCUCCGGCAAACGUCCAUGUGAAACCCCCAACGACUUGGGGGAAAUCUGAGAAGAAGAGCGCGGCGCAGACCAUUAGAGUCGGUAGACUUGGCCCCGCGUCAUCGGGUCUUCCCGAAGAAAAGAAAAAGACGAAGCAGCCAUAAAAUUCGGAAUCUAAAGGAAAUCCUUUCUUUUUUGAAAGUAAAAGAAUCGAGCCGAGAGAAACUAAUCAAAAAAGAUUGUCGAAAUACCCUGAAGUGCUAUUUCGAGCUUGUUUUUUUUUGGGGGGGUUUGUUUGUUUGAUCCAAGAAAAAACUGCUUCGAUCGGUUGGUAAUGAGCGAAUUGAAACGAUCGCCGUCGCCGGCUAAAUAGGAAAGAUUGAUCGCGAUCGAUUGAAUAUCCCAUCGGCGCGUCCUUUUCUACAUGUGACUUGCGACGCCCAGUUGGAGAGACAGAGAGACAGAGCUUGUGCGGAGCGGCCUAGUCCCUUGAGUGCCCAGACACUUGAUUAGUUGGUGGGUGCUAAAUCAUCGCUCAAUCCGUCAUCUCGCACGGCCGGCCAGCAGCCUCGUUCCAGCGUGGGUGCUCGUCCCCGGCCAUAACUGCCGUCGAAAAAUCGACUGUUGGGGUCGCCGAGGGCGGGGCCGUCAUGAUUCGUGGCCCUAGCCGUGGCCUCGGGACCUUCCGCUGUCGCUGCUGCCGCUGGAUCCUCCCGCUCCUCCUCGUGACCCUUCCGCUUUUGUUCGGCUCCCUCGUCGUCGUCGUCACCGCCGCCUCCGCCACCGCCGCCGCCGAUCAGUCAACGCCAGCAGGCAAUUACAUUUCCUCUUCCAGCAGGGCUGAUCCGCCAGCGACCGUGUCCAUCUUCCACCACCAACUGCCCGCCAAUAUGGUGGCCGGCAGCUCUGCCAGCAGUGGCGCGUCCCAGCAGCAGCAGCAGCAGCAUCCCAGUCGCUCCCAGCAGCAGCAGCAGCAGCAACAAGUCGCCCCCUCGCUGGUGGCCCACGGUUACGGCGGCUACAAACCGGCAGCGCCGUCCAAGGAGAGCAGCAGCAGUGGCAGCAGCAGCGCGACGGAGGAAGGAUCGAUCCUGCGACUCUUGAGCAAAAACAAUCUCUACAUCCAAAGUUUCCCCAACGGCACCGUCAGCGCCACAGGACAGGACUCGAGUUUCUAUUCUGUUUUGAAACAAAGUGCAGUCGGCUUUGGAAGGAUCUACAUCCGAGGAAUCGCAUCUCGGCUCUACCUGUGCAUCAACGAAUGCGGAAGACUCUACGGCUCUGAGCAUUUGGAGCCGGAUUGCAUCCUCCAGGACCAUAUUGAGGGCAACUGGUACAACUCGUACACGUCGAUCAAGCACUCGACGGCCGAGAAGUCGUUGUACAUGGCCUUCAACAGCAACACGGGCUCUCCGUGCCGGUUACGGCUGAAGAGCGAGACGGCCAGUGACGGGCGCUCGAUCGUGGCCCUGGGAAGCAACGAGAAGUACGCUCUGUUUUUCCCAGUGCGCAACAUCUCAUUGCCCGAUGGGAUGAACCUAACUAGUCUGAUACAGUUGAACAAAAGGAUUCCCUUUGCGAAGAACAGCGUUAAGCCAACAGGUUGUGCUCCUCGUUGCUCCAAGUCGUCUGACCAGUCCAUAAAAGAGACCAGCUCCAAUCGAGCCAGUAGCAAAGAGAAAUCCAAGAGGAAAAAUAAGUGUUCCUGUCUUUCCAGUGAGACUCCUGCCCAAGGCGGAGGCAACGUGGAGCGAUGUCGCAGACCGCGCCAAUGCCGGCCAAACCCCGGCCAGCACGCCCGAAAGAGCCACAGAGAAAGCAGUGGCAGCAGCAGCAGCAGUGGCAGCAGCAGUGGCAGCAGCAGCAGCAGCAGCAAUAUGGCGACGGAAUCCGGCUGGAACCAGCUGAAGCGACCCGAUCGGCAUCGAGAGAAAAAAAGUCGAAACAACAAAAAAAAAGUGACCACCGAGAACAGCAGCGCCUCGUCCGACCUCCCGUCCGCCGAGAGCCGACCCAGUCCCGUCAACCGUCUCGAAAUCGAUCCUCCGCCCGUCAAGUGGAUGGUAGAGAGCGGCAGCUCGCAAACGGCCUCUGCUGCCGGUAAAAAUCCAAAGAAAUCGACACCGACGACGACGACGACGACGACGACGACGACGACGACGACGCAUCAAGACGCAAGUGCGGAGCCGCAGAGACACAAAGUGAAAAAUCACCGGGGGAAAAAGAGCAGCCUAGAAGAUAGAUCGGCGACCGACGCCGUUAUCUCGAAUCCGUCGAAAAGUAGAGGCUCCGACGGCGGUCGCCAAGAUCGAACUUUGCGAUUGCCGCACAGGAAGAGCGACAGCCGGCUAAUACGGCACAGGUACAGGAAGAUUCGGGCGCACCCGGAACUCGCCGAACAGCUCGACGCCAUGUCUUAAAGUGAGUGAACUCCACACUUUUGGCAGCCUCUGACGCAAGAAAUGUCAGUUGACGUCGCCAAUUUUUGGAAGAUGCGUCGAGCCGGCUGUCGCCGUCAACGAGUCGAGCCCGGCUGGGCGCCUGGGCUGCCAGGGCGUGCUAUAGUCGAGCAUGGAAACUCUACAGCGGCACCGAUUUGCUACACAUUUUCUGGAUUGAGACUUGGCGAUCCGUGUAUAUACGUAACUGAUAGAAAACAAACAUUUCUUGUAAAUAGUGUACAAACAAUUUGAGAGGCACGCCUACAGUUGUGGUGUGUCCAGCACGCGUUCACUCGUUAUAUACCGCCAGUUUCGUCUCUGUUUUGUCAACACCAAAAGGAAAACCAUUCGUGACGUCCUACCCACCGUUCGUCUUGUAGGCAGCGCCAAGCAACAACUCAACUCGAUCACACUCAAAUCAAUUGAAUGUUGCCCCCCCCCCCCAUUGUAAAUUUGAGACCUUGUCAGGACAUGCCUCGUGACGUUGGAUCGUGUGGGAUAAUAUCAUCAUCCUCUUGCAAUCAACUCCAUCGGGAAAGACCGUGUUAGAUGACGACAAAAGUUGAACUGAAAAAGAUGACGAAACGUUUUGUUAGAGAUAUAUCAUCAUCCUCACUUGUGAAACUCACUAUUUAUUUCAUCGAAAAGCAAAUAAGACAACAAAAAUGUGUACACUAUUGCACACAUGCAGCUUGCUGCUUGCUGGCGAUUUUUCGCAUCCGCCAGUUCAUCGCCAAAUCUUUUUUUUUUUUCAAGUCACGUAACGAUCGUUGAUUUUGGGUUGAAAUUCGACCUGGCCGGGAGGGAGGCUGAGAAGAAGUGGGAAGUACAUACCUACACUACACCAGAUUUUCGCAGUUCUAAAUGGAUUGGCGCUUUGAAAAUCUACCACCUUUUUGUGUAAAAAUCGAGCAGUGGGCAGAAUGAAAAAACCCGUUCCUUGGCCCAGUUGAAAUUGACCAUAGGGGCUUAUUUUUUGGAACGUCACAUUGUUGCAUAUACGAAAGACGCAAGAAGAGGAGGGAGCAGAUAAAUUAAUAAUAAACAGAUAAGGGAAAAGAUUGCAGAUUAUAUACGCUAUGCCCUAAACCAAAUACGUGUACAUUAGAUUUUAUUGUCGCAUAACUCCAAUCGUGGCCAUCUUGUCUCCAGUCAGUGAAAAAGAAAAAAACAAAACACAGCAUCGACAUUUCCAUCUAUGAACAUUGUGUGCAUAUCUAAACAAAAAAAAAAACGUUGAUAUACUUUUGACCAUGUUAUUUGAAUUGCCGUGUAGCCCUAUUUCUCUCCUUUGUGUUCGUCCCGACAGAUAUCAAAAUGAAAUAUAUUGGGGAAACGGGACGGCGAAGACUCUGCUGGCCCCUCAACUCCCUCGAGUGUUUGAUACGGUUGAUCAUCUUUUGUAACCCUGUAUUAUUAACUUAGAUAUAUACAGUGCAUUGUGCAUAGAUGAAACGCGAUUUUCAAAAUGUGUUGUCGCGCACUAUCAAUCUUUUGUUGGUCGUGCUUUCAUGUCGCCUGCCACAAACAAGUCUAACUUACACAUCCAGUCUUUUUUUUUAGAUUAUCUUUCUCAUGCUUUCUGUGCCAUAAUUGUAAUUUCUUCUAUUAAAAAAAAUCAAGGUUCGAAUAUAAUGCCAUGCUGUCCAUCAAGAGACAAUUUAA